GCGCCCGCCCGCCGCCAUCUUGGCGAGGCUCGUCCCCCACCGCCACCCGCGGUGACUGGCGGCGGCGGCGGCCAAUGGCGGCAGGCGCGCCCCGCGGCAAUGAGUGACAACGAGGAGGACUGGCUGGCUCUGAGGCCCCAGGAACCUUCUCCAUCCCAGUGCUGCGGCAGCGGCUGCAAGCCCUGCAUCUACGAUGUGUACGAGAAGGAGCUUGCACAGUGGGAGAGAGCCAAAGCAAUGCAAGACAAAAGCCUUCUCAUGGGAAAGAAGGAGCAGAGCAAUAAUUCAGAGCUGAAUCCAGAUACAUUCACUGCAUUCAGCGUGAGCUCGGUGGAGCAGCUGACAGAGGACACCUACCAGUACAAAUUUGAAUUACCGGGAAAUAGCAGCCUGCAAUUGAGUUUAGGACAACAUAUCGUGUUAAGGGUGGAGCAGCAGGAGCCCCCCGAAAGACCCAAGUCACAGGGGUUUCCUGUUUCUCUUCUCAGAGGAGUGGUGAAUGGUUUGGAGGUGCAGAGAGCCUAUACUCCAAUUAGCCCCAGGAAUGCAGAAGGUUACUUUGAAGUUCUUAUUAAAUGCUAUGAAGCUGGGCUAAUGUCACAAUACAUAAAAACGUGGAAAAGAGGAGACGUGGUCUUUUGGCGUGGGCCGUUUGGAGGGUUCCCAUAUCAACCUAAUAAGCACGGAGAACUCCUCAUGCUGGCUUCUGGCACUGGCCUUGCACCAAUGAUUCCCAUCCUUCAGUCCAUAACAGAUGAUGAAGAGGAUGAAACCUUUGUAACUCUUGUUGGCUGCUUCCCUACAUUUGACAAAAUUUAUUUAAAACCUCUUCUGCAGGAUUUAGCUCGGUACUGGAAUAUUAGAAUAUUUUAUGUCCUAAGCCAAGAAACUUCACUGGAAAAACUUCCCUGGAGCUAUCAGGAAAACACGUACACUGGUCGUCUCAAUGAAGACUUGAUGAAGACAAUAGUAAAUUCCUGUCGAAGAAAGCCAUUUGUAUUAAUUUGUGGCUCUUCUGCAUUCAAUGAAGAUAUGAGUAGAUACUUGAAAGCUGUAGGAAUUGAAGAAAAUUCCUGUUUUGUCUUUUAGCAGUACAUUCCUGACCUGAGGAACCUUAGGCUGAGCCUUGGAUGUCCUUGUUUCUUUGCAGGCAUUGCACAAAAUGGGCCUGCUCAGAAGACUGAGCUCCUUAGAGCAACUAUUUGUUGAUCCUCACUGCAGGGUGUUUUAAGGAACAGGUGCCAUUCCAGAGUGGCUGGUACAUGGUGUGCCACCCAUACCUCAGGGACUGCAUGGCAAUUUUAAUGGAAGUCUUCAAGUGCAAUUUUAAGAGGGAGAUCUCCUAAGGGGGUACUAGAAAGCAUCCAUGCACACAGCUCUGCUGUAACAUGAGGAUUGGUGACUUGCUUUGCAGUCUGUGUUAUUCUGCAGUGGUGUUGUGCCCUGUUAGGUGUCCAGAGGAGAGAUACAAUCCUCAGGGAUCCUUGCCAGGCUAAGGGGACCACAGAGUUGGGAUCACUUUGGUUCUGUCAUGUGCAGGCUCAUGUCAGGGAAGUCCCUUCAAGCUCACUGUGCCUCAGUUGCCCCAUUGUACAUUAAUACAGAGAAGGUGUCACUGAUCUCUGAAAACAGCCAUUCCAACUACAUAUGGAAAAAGUAUCCGUAAGGAUGGAAUGAUACUUUCUGUCUAGUGAGAACUUAGGCAGGCUGAGCUCCUGCCCUGGCACAGCCUGUGGUGCCUACCCUGUGCUUAGCCCUUGAAAUGCUACCUGGGAACACAAAGACAUGCCCUAAAUCUGGGAGAGCGUGGCUGGGUGGUGGCUGCUGUCUGUCAGGGAGGAUGGUUAUUUGCUUUCUGUGUCCCCUAAGCGUUGUAUCAUAACCCUGGCUCAUUAAAAUGAACCUCUUUACAAAUAAA